AUGAAUUAAUAAUUCAAAUGGUUGAAGUAACGUCCAACAAAAGGCUUGGCCUUUCCCACUUCAAGAGAGGGAGCCACGCUUACUUAUAUUCCCAAAUAUCAAAGCGUAGUUUUAUUUGGGGGAAUAUGUAAUGGAAGAUUAAAUGAAAUUAUGAUUUUUGAUAUUCAAAAAGAUGAAUGGAAAGUUUAGCAAACUCAAGGAAGACAACCUUCACCAAGAUGUUAUCAUAGUGGUUUUUAUGAUGAAAGUUAGAAUGUCAUAUACUAUUAUGGUGGAUAGGCUGAUAAAGGUAGAUCUUUGACAGAUUUUUAUUGUCUAAGCUUUCAAAAUUUUGUAUGGAAGAGACUAUUUUUAUUGGAAAGUCCUCCGAAUAGACAUAAUCAUACAAUGUGUGAUUUGCCUGGAAUGGAAAAGAUCAUAUUUGGAGGAGCAUGCCUUCCUGAAGAUUUGAUGUAUAAUGAUGUUUGGAUAUUUAAUUAUUCAGCCAUUCAAUUUACGAAUCAGCAAGAAAUCCCUGGAGCAGUAGCAACUAAGAAAAAUUGUAAAGGAGAACAUCCAGCUCCAAGACAAGGACAUGGGGCUGUAGUAUAUUAAAAUAAUAUGUUUGUGUUUGGUGGUAAAUGCUCAGAUGAAACUACUCAAUUAUAUAAGUUGUCUUUGGAUAAUUAUUAAUGGAAAAGAAUAUUGCAUUUAGGUAAGGCACCAGGCACAAGGGCCUUUUUCUCUACUAGUUUGAUCAAAGACAAUGUUAUAAUAUUUGGUGGAAUUGAUAACGUAGCUAAUAAGGUCCUAAAUGAGACUUACUUAUUAAAUUUAACUGACUAUCAUUGGAGUUCUCCUUUUACUGCUGGGCCCAUUCCUUCUCCCAGAUAUUCACAUUGUAGUUGCUAAAUAGAAGACAUUAUCCUAAUAAUGGGAGGAAUCGAAUAAACUUAUUGUUCUAUGGAUAUGUAUUUUUUGUCUUAAGGAUCUAUUAACUAAAAUGCUGAAUGGGAGCAAUUAAAAGAACCGACUGAAUUGGAAAAGCAAACCAACGAUGCAGCUAAUCAAAUAAUUAUGGAAGGCAAAAUGUACUUGAAUUAAAUUGAAGAAGCAAUGAUGAAAGAACGAUAAAAAAUAACUGAUCUUCAAAAAGAGGUUUAGAAUUUAUAAGAAGAAGCAGAUAAUCUAGAUACACAUAUCAAAAAGUAAACAGCAAUAGUUAUGGGUGAACAUCAAAAAGCAUCGCAGAAUAAUAAAAACAAAGAGAUUGCCAUAGAGACCAUCUUUUUAAUGAUUAAAUAAGAAUAAACACUCACAAAAUAACUCAAUUACAAAUGUUAACAAUUAGAGGAAUGCAUAUAGAAUUCAUAUCCACUAUUACAUACUCUUGACUAAUUCUAUUAGUCGAUUCGAUAAAUUUAAGGUUCCGAUCCUGCUGAUCUCAAAGUUAAAAAAAUGGCUGAUCAAUUUGCCAAUGAUAUUCAAAAGGCUAAAGAAGCUUAACUUGAAUCUCUUAGCAACAUUUAUGCCGUUUAUUAAAAAUUUACAGCAUUAUCGAAUAGAAAUGAGGUUGAAUUGAAUUAAUGGCGAGACAAUGUGAAAGAUAUGAACAAUGAUUUUGAAUAAUUAAUAUUUGAAACUGAACAUGAUUGA